AUGAAUCAAAUUGAAAAUAUUAUGUUAGUUGGAAAAUUUUCUCAUGGUAAACCACUUUUGUCUGAAAUUAGAUCUUAUUUUGCUAAAAUUUUUGUGCUUCGUGGAACUGUGGAAAUUGGUCUUAUGGAUCCUAGGCAUGUGUUUUUAGCUUUCUCAAAUCCGGAUGAUUGUGUGGAUAUUUUAGUUAAAGGUCAAAUUUCUUUUAAUGGAAAAUAUCCUAUGCGGUUGUUUCGGUGGACUGCUGAUUUUGAUACUCGUUUUGAGACAUCUUUGGCCCCUGUGUGGGUUUUAUUGCCCAAUUUGAAAGCUAAUUGUUUUUCUAUUCCUUGUUUGAAAAAAAUUGUUAAACCGAUUGGCAGGUUCUUACACGUAGAUGCUGCAACUGCUAAAUUUUCUAGGCCUAAUGUGGCUAAAGUUAAGGUAGAGGUUGACCUCCUUAAGCCACUUAGCUCUAGAAUGUUUAUCAGAAUGGGCAGUAAAAAACCAGGUAAAGAAGAUGAGGGUUUUUGGCAGCCCAUUGAAUAUGAAAAGGUUCCACCAUAUUGUUUAACAUGCAGGAAACAUGGGCAUUUGGUCCCAUCAUUUCGAUUUGGAGUUAGGCCUUCUGGCCCCACAGUUGGUCCUGAGCAGCUACCUCAUCCUACUCCUCGUGGCUCUCCGCCACCGGGUAGUGGGGGUGGUGGUGGAGGUCCUUCUAACCCUCCUCCUACCCCUCGUGCCCCUCCGCCUUCCGGUGGUGGUAAUGCGGGGUCAGGAGGCGGUGUUAGUCAGCCUCCAAAUGCUCAGAAUCAUGUUGCUCAAGAGGGUACAGGCUUGACUAAAGCUCAGAAAAAGAAUUUGACGAAGAAACGGAGGCGGGAAAAGGGAAAAGACCCGAUUAUUGAUGUGGGCCUGGGUAACUUCUCAGUCCCACAAGUUGGGAUGGAGUUGGAUGUCAAUGAAACAGUGUUAGCUGAAGGGGCCCACACUCGGGAGGAUGUCCAUGAUACGACACUAGCCAAUCAGGCUCACACACAGGAGGCUACCACUCAGGACUUUGAUGCUGAACUUGAUGAUCAUUUGGCAAUGGUUCUUGAUAAAGGAGGGGUUCCUCAGGCACAAGAGGAACCUCAGGUUCAAUCACAGAAUGAUACUCAGGCCCCAGUUAUUGCUCAUACCCCCACACAGGCUAACAAUGAAGAUGUGUACUCUUCACCUACGCAGACACCUGUUAGGGGACAGGGGACUGGUUUGUGUCAGUUGAACACUGAGCAGGCCACCAUUCCUACGGACGCAAUAGGCAGUUUGCGGGGGGGCAUGGCUCGCCCCCUAAGACCUCUCAAGUUCCAUUUGGUGGCAAGAUCACUAGAUCUCAGGUUGGAUUCCUUUAGACUACGACUUGGCUUUGACUCUACUUUUGCUGGGGUAGAUGAUAAGUUGUGGCUCUUUUGGAAUUCUGACCUUACUUUGAGUUUUGAAUCUGAUUCUGAUCAAUCUGUUUCUUCUGUGGUGGGUGACUUUAAUUGCUUGUUAAAUGUGGAUGAGAAAAAAGGUGGUCUUCCUUACCCUCAUAGGAAGACUACUAAUUUUCGGGAGUGUGUCAGUACGUGUGACCUUAUUGACUCUACUGCCUAUGGUUCCUCUUUCACUUGGUGGAAUGGGAGGCGUAGGGAGUCUGCCAUUUGGAUGCGCUUGGACAGGUUUCUUUACACCUCGGUGUGGGAAUCAUUGUUUAGGACAUCUGUUCAUCAUUUGUCACAGGCCACGUAUGACCACUGUCCUUUACUUGUUACUUCUGAGGUCAUAUCUGCUCAACCUGUUCUUAAGCAUUUUAUCUUUCUGAAUGUGUGGACUAAACAUGAGGAUUUCCUGCGUGUGGUGAAGGAAAUUUGGGAGGUUCCAGUUGAGGGUGAUCCUAUGUAUGUUUUAGCCACUAAGCUUUGCAGGUUAAAGAAGGUUCUUGCUCCUUGGAGCAAGGAAACCUUUGGUGAUAUUUUUUCUAAGUUGCAGGAACUUGAGGAUAAAGUGCAGGUUUUAGAGGAGGUGGUGCAACAGAACCCAGAUGAUGAUAGGGCCUUCAUUGACUAUAAGGAAUCUGUGGCUCUGUUGCAGAGGCAGGUUUCUAUUGAGGAGGAAUACUGGCAACGAAAGGUUCACAUAGUGGCUGUUCAGGAGGGUGAUAGGAAGUCUAAGUUCUUUCACUCGAUGGUAAAAGAGAAAAGGAGGAAACUUUACAUCCAUAAGGUUAAGGAUGACACAAGGCACUGGAUUAAGGAUAGACAAGGGAUAGCACAACAGGUUGUCUCUUUUUUUGAGGGUAUGUUCACAGCGGAGGUAGGUAAUUUUGAUUUGUCUAAACUAGACUGCGUUAAGCGUCUAGUUACUGAUGAGGAUAAUGCCUAG